GCCAGUUAACUAGGUGGGCACGUAACAGCUGCACGAAAGAAGACAGCGAUAGACAAGAGAGCUGACUUGAGAAGAGGAGAAAACGAUCAAGCACACGCGCCAGUUAAACCGUUUGCCAUAUUCUUUUAGAAGCUAUUGCAAAAUUGAACUGUAGUAUAUACUGUUUAUUAAGUUCGUUUGUGCUAGCAAUCUUCGUUUCUGACCUAAGUGUGGUCAGAUCAUCUCGGUUGAAAGACUUACUACUUCGCGAGAACGUGAUAAUUGGAAAGUGCAGGCCGCGCCUGAAGGUUAGUAAUUCGAGUGGCGUUCAACAGGCCAGCACAAUUCAGCAAUAACGUGCUCAAAACCGCUGCCGGAAGAGGCAGCUCGGGGCGAGGGAGGGGAGUCUCUAUUAGACGUCAGAAUGGAGAGUAUACGGGCGGCGGCCGUCGUGCCGCCGCGGAAACGUCUUCGGACUCUGUCCCCGUCACGGACAAUGUCGCCUUCAGACCAAAACGGGUUUCUCAUUUCAGUUAGCAUUCUCGUCGUUGUGUACUCCAUAAUAACCACCAUCUCGGUUGUAGAUUCAGCUCCUGCAAAGUUUCAGAGUAAGCCACGUCGUUCACGCAGCGAAAUGGGAUGCACGUACAAUUUUUCACAUUAUGAGAAUAGAGCAUCGAUCGUGACGCAGGAGCCUUGCCUUAACUGCACAUGUCAGGACUCGAUGCUCAUGUGCUACCUGAAUGUGUGUCCAUACGUAAAGGCACUGGGCGAGGAUUGCACGAUCACAAAGCAGCCAGGCCAGUGCUGCCCAAAGGUGGACUGUCCUUCCGGUAUGUCUGACGCCAUUGAAAAUUCUAAAAGCCCAUCAGACCCAUCAGCAUCAGACAAAACCAAAAAUACGUUCGUGCCCGUCCCUGUUAUCGACUAUGAAUACGAAACGGAAGCUCCGUCAGGAGAUCACCAAGGUUGCUUUAUCAACGACAAGUUCUACACUGACGGCCAAAGGCUGCCUGCGGACCCCACAAAUCCUUGUGAGACAUGCUACUGUGUGAGGAACAGUUCUGCUUGUGUCCUUCAAGACUGCGUGCUACAUAUUGAGGGCUGCUCGCCAGUUUUUAAUAAACGCAAACCAACAUGUUGUCCUUCGAGAUACGAUUGCUCUGCUAUGGCGGACCAAGAAACUUUAACAACUGUCGCUCCUGGAGGCUGUGAGCAUGAGGGAAUGAUGUUCGUCACUGGUGACUCAGUGCCCAGUGUCGACAAGUGCCAGAACUGUUAUUGCAUGCCAAAUAAUACUGUUAUCUGUCAGAGCCAGGAGUGUCAGACACCCCCAGGAUGCACCGCUGGAGAACUUCAAGAAGGAGAAUGCUGUCCCACCAAAUUUGAUUGCCCUACGACGACUACAAUUGUGCCUCUUGAGGAGGCCACAGCCGUAGAAAUGGAAGACACUACCACCACGCCGAAGUCAGCAUCUAGUUCACCUGAACUCGCAACCGAAACUUCCUCUACUGACCUAGGGUCUCAAGCUAUUACUGCUGAAACGGAACAACCUGUAUUUUUCUCGGAAGCAACAACGGCGUCAGCUGAGGAAACCACACGGAUCUCCGAUGGCGGGUCCCGAGAGGAGCAAGGAAGAGCCGAUGAUUCUUCCAGGUGUGAUGUCGACGGCGUGGUGUACAAAAUAAGUGAGACUAUUCGGAUGAAAGACCCGUGCUUAGCCAACUGCACAUGUGGAGCCGAAGGUGUAAUUCAGUGUGAUCACAUCUCCUGCCAUGAGCCUCAAGAGGACGUUUCGAAUUGUAAGGUGGUCAAGGAAGAUAGCCAGUGCUGCCCCUACUACGACUGCCCUCAAGACAAAACGACGCCGGCUCCCAGUCUCAAUGAUUGCGUCAUCGACGGCAAAACGUAUUCGCACAACACAACGGUACCUCAGGAUGACCCUUGUAAGAGUUGCACAUGCCUCUUCGAGGAACUUGUCUGUGCUGUAGAAGAAUGUGUUGAGGACGGUUGUACAUUAUUGCCACCAACAAAGGACAUUUGCUGUAACUAUAUGUGCGAAGACGAAGAGGACGAAACAGGUACCACUCCCAUUCCUUCCGAUGACGUUAAAUCAGUGUCUACUACAACGAUUCCAGAUCUCGAAGCAGUAAGUGAAGUGACUGGUUCUACUGAAAGCACAACCACAGUUGAGGCUUCUUCAGAGGGCGCAGCCGACACUGCGACUGCAUCGAGCACCGAACCUUCGAAAAUGACCAGCCUCUUCUUAUUUGCUUCGAUGGAAAAUACGUCCACGGAGAGCUCUAGUGACGUUCCACCACAAGAAUCAUCAACUACCCAUACUUCAAGUGAAUUAUCAACUGUAGAAUCUUCAAGUGAGGUGUCUAGCGGCAGCUCCACGGAAGCUCUUUCCGAAGAAACAACAAGUGUUCCCCCGUCCGAGCAAACUACUGAAUCCUCUACCGAAAUGUUGGAACAAUCCUCCACGGCGUCUUCAACAGGAGCAACUAGUGAAGCUGCCACAGGAGCUUCUAGUGAAGGGUCUACUGAGGCAUCUAGUGAAGCCUCGACAGUAGCUUCCAGCGAAGGGUCUACUGAGGCAUCUAGUGAAGCCUCCACAGAAGCUUCCAGCGAAGGGUCUACUGAGGCAUCUAGUGAGGCGUUCACAGAAGCCUCCACAGUAGUUUCCAGUGAAAAGUCUACUGAGGCAUCUAGUGAAACUUCCACAGAAACUUCCAGCGAAGGGUCUACUGAGGCAUCCAGUGAAACUUCCACAGAAGCCUCCACAGAAGCCUCUAGUGAGUUGUCUGGUACAGUUACGACUGAAUCUACCAGCGAGGCCUCCUCUGAGUCUACAAGCGAAGUUUCCAGCGAACCAGCUACGGAAAGUGCAACCGAGGCUGCAUCUGACGAAACGUCCCUCGCCUCAACAGAAACUUCCGAAUCCACCCCUGAUAUAUCUACAGAAGGUUCGUCCUUGGCUGAAGGAUCUACAGAGUCUACGAAUGAAUUAUCUACCUCUCGUAGCGAGUCUACUGAGCUAUCUUCAGAGGCUACGACUGAUUCAACUCUCAUAACAAGCGCUACCGAUUCAAGUUCGGAUGCAACUUCAGCGGAUCAAACUACAGAAGCCUCAUCUGAAGGUUCACCCGAAGCAUCUACUACAAGUGGCUCAGAGCAACAGACAUCUUUCGGAACAACCGCAUCGGCGGAAACUGAAUCCGACACGCACAUAUCUUCAACGUCUUCAGAAGCUGUCACUUCCACUGAGCCGGGAUCUUCAGACAGUACGGGAGAGACUGAAACAGGUAACGCAAAAAGUAAAGAUGGCGAACAUUUCUACUAA